UGAGAAAAUGCAUUAUCCCGUCUCAUUGGAUCACUCUACAUUACCAAGGGGAUGAUUCGAAGAAUUGCCUCUCGCGCUAGGGUACGGCGCUCAACGCGGGGUCACGUGAUACGAUGGAGACGUUCACAGCAGCAGCUGGAGGGUUCCCCAGAGACCCCUGGUGUCCGCAUCGAGGGCCUGAUACCAGCGAAGCAGACGGCCAGAGGGGUUAAGUCUCUGCCAGCACAAGUGCAAGCGGAUGGCGAGCGCGUGGUAUAUGACCAGGCCUACAUUUGUCAGAACAUGAAACUCCCUUCUUUCGAGGAAGCCCCCUCUAAACUCAGAAUGUGUUUCCAUCGCGGGGUGCUUAGCUUCCCAGUCAUGAUGAAGGGCAACUCUGUGCCUGCUUCUUGUUUUAACGAGACGGUGGAGGCGUAUGAAAGGUCCAUUGGCGCUCAAUGGAUAUGUCGUCUUUCCUUUAAUUUUGCAACAAUCCCGCAAUGUGAAGUACUGGGAGCUGGCUCUUCCAGGAAAGGUGCCAGAACAGCUGCAUACUUGCACCUCAUUGCUAAACUAUAUGAGGAUGGGAUGCUGGAACGGGUUUUUGGCAUAGAUCCAAAUGCUUCCGAAGAUAUCCAGGAAUCGGGCCUCAAGAGUGCAAGAUCAGCUGCUCAGAUGUCAGGAGACUACGUCCAGCUCUUAGAUUUGGACACCGCUAGAGAACAGGAGAACUCAUUGAUGGAGGCAUACAACUAUUGCGGUAUGUACGGAUUCACACCGAAGGUCACACUCGAGAGAAUUUCUCGUCAUCAUCACCGGCCAUCGUCAAUCCUGCACGUGGAGCUACCAGGGGAAAGAAUUUCCGUGUCCGUGAGAGCUCCAACCGACCAGAGUAGAUUGCAGGAAAUUACUGCUUUCGCCGAGUUCAAUAAGAAGGCUAAAGAAUUCUUUACGUCCAAAAACGCAGAGCCGACCGCCUCAAAACCUUUGACCAAUCCUUUAAAUGUCUUCAACGCAGAGCUUUUCGUGAGAUCCUAUGUGGAGGAUGGAGAUGUCUCUGUUUCUGUGAAAGAGGAAGGCAAUUUCUGCCGGGUUCAAAUAUUUUCAAAUAAAGUUGAAAUAGGAUCUGGCUUGAGCGUUUCUGCAGAAAGAGCGACGCAGGUAGCGUGGCUAGCAGCUGCAGUACAUAUGGCCAACGAAGACCCAAAACGAAUAGUCAAUUUUUUUGAUAUCGAACCCUCUGUGGGACCAAGUGAGCUUCCUAGUGAGCCGACUGUCGAUAUUGUCCUGAAUAGAAGCAACUAUCUUCUCCUUCAACACAUCCUGACAAUUGUAGAGGCAGCCGACCCUACCGCUAGACGAGAAGACCUGAAAUCAGGAGAGUUUCUGGGUUCGAGAGAAGGAUAUUUGAGACCAGAUCUAUCGUUGAAGAAGGCUGAGGAACGAUCCAAAUACCUAUUGAAGCUCUACCGCUCAUACCAGCAGCGACCUGACUUGGCUGCGUUGCGCAGCGCCAGAGCCAAUCUUCCAAUGAGCCAACACUCGUCGGAAGUUCUUGACCUUGUCGAAAAUGAUACCUUCAGCAUCAUCAUCGGCGCAACUGGGAGUGGCAAAACAACACAGGUGCCUCAGAUUAUCCUGGAUCAUUUUAUAGAAUCAAGAAAAGGUGCCUUUUGCAACAUUAUAUGCACCCAACCAAGAAGGAUCGCCGCAAUCUCGGUAUCGAAGCGCGUUGCUGAAGAACGUGGCCAACCCCUCCAAACUCAAGUUGGCUAUCACAUUCGUCUGGAUGAUAAAUCUCCGAGGUACGGAGGGAGUAUUACAUAUUGUACGACCGGAAUACUCCUGCAGCAACUACAGCAUGCGCCAGAAUAUGUAUUCGACAACUAUUCCCAUCUGAUUAUUGACGAGGUUCACGAACGAGACAUGAUAAUCGACUUUCUCCUGACUGUCCUGAAAAAAACAGUGUCUGAGAGGUUGAGCUUAGGAAAGCAAGUACCAAAGGUUGUUCUCAUGUCUGCCACAAUGGAUUCAGAUUUAUUCUCUUCCUAUUUUGAGAUCAGCGAUCCUCAAAGGGGUUCAGUCAAAUGUCCCACUCUGAUGAUCCCGGGACGUACAUUCCCAGUGAAAGAGCAAUUUCUUGACGAGAUCCUAGAAACCCUUGAAAAAACAUACGGACGCGAGCAGAUCUAUGGAAUGUACCAAGAAGCAACCACCAGAGAGUACCUUGCGGCAGAAAGUAUGUAUGCCAAACUGCUCUUGGAGGAACCAAAAGCAGAGUGUCAAGGCGAAGAAGAGCCAAUAAUACAAUGGAAGAACGGCGAGGUGGUUAUCGACUGGAAGAAGAAGAAACCGGCUCCGCUAAUACUCCCAGAGGCCGAUCAGGCAAAAAGUGAACAGGUUCCUCUCUCUCUUGUGUCAAUGACGGUCGCGCAUAUUGCAGCUUCUAGCAAAGGGGGAGCUAUUCUUGUUUUCCUGCCCGGCCUAGAGGAAAUGAUGAAGGUUCGAACUAUGUUGGAGGAGACCGUUAUUCUCGGCGUCGACUUUCGAGAUCGAGCGAAAUAUCAGUUCUUCUUAUUACACUCGUUACUCCCAGAUGGCCAGAGGGACGUCUUUCGGCCAUUGCCAGAAGGAUGCCGGAAGAUCAUUCUGGCGACGAAUAUUGCAGAGACUUCCAUCACAAUCCCAGAGGUCCAAUACGUCGUGGACGCAGGGAAGCAUCGAGAGCAUACGUAUGAUCAGGUCACGCGAAUGAGCCAACUGAAGUCUACCUGGAUCAGCAAAUCCAAUGCAAAACAGCGAGCUGGUCGGGCAGGUCGGGUUCAGAAUGGACACUACUACGCACUCUUCUCGAAAGACCGCCAUGAUUCGCUCCGCUCUGUCGGGAUCCCCGAACUCCUUCGCACAGAUCUCCAGGACACAUGCCUCUCUAUCAAAGCGCAAGCCUUUGAGACCCCUAUCCGCGACUUCCUUGCAGAUUCUAUUGAGCCUCCGUCAAGCGCAGCAGUUGAUGCCGCGAUUGACGAGUUGGUGAAUCUCGGCGCCCUUACGAAAUCCGAAGAGCUCACACCUCUCGGACGUCUCCUGGAAACUCUACCAGUACAUCCUAGGCUUGGAAAGAUGAUCGUCAUGGGGAUUAUCUACAGAUGUUUGGAUCCAAUGAUCAUCCUCGCUGCGGCAAGCGGGGAUCGCAGUCUCUUUACGCACCCACCGGGACUCAAAAAGGCAGCCGAAAGUGCCAGGUGGGAAUUCGCGGCCGGCUCCCGCAGUGAUCACAUCGGCAUCAUCAACGCAUUUAUGCAUCUUCGAGACGUUCAGAAUUCGGACGGUGAGCGCGCCAUGCUGGCCUCUGCCAGCAACUCCUACCUUCGUGCCGGGAUCUUCAAAGACAUAGCCGCGGCCGCGGCUCAAAUCGAAAGCAUUCUCGAGGAUACAGGACUCAUCCCGCGGAACGACACGGCCAGGGGUAAACAAUACGGCGUCCCGCAACUCAACGAGUUCUCCAAGAGCGAGGAGUUAAUCAAAGCGCUCCUCGUAGCGGGCUUCUCCCCGCAUCUGGCGGUGCGCAAGAGCGCCAACUUCUACACGACGGCCGGGAAGAUCGGCGUGCUCGUGCACCCCAGCUCCGUGAACCAGACGGUCGGGCGACCGAAAGCCGAACAGCAACUCUGGAGAAUCCGACAGCGGCUUCUGACCUACACGUCGCUCUCGCACUCGGGCGAGACCAGCGAUCAUUUCAUCCGCGACACGACCGAGGUCUCCCCUCUGAUGGUAGCUCUCUUCGGCGGCGAGCCCGCCGCCCCCCAAAGCCAAACGCCCAACGACGACGACGGCGAAAAUGAUAUCCUCUGCAUAGACGGUUGGCUCAACCUCGCCGUGCCCAAAGGACACACCACUCAGUAUCCGCGCCCAGCCUCCAUCCUGCGCAGCUUCCGCAACGCGCUCCGGGACAUGGAACGCGCGAUCCUGCAAGACGUCGGCAAAGGCCGGAUCCUCGCACAACAGGAUAAUGAUGACAAGAGCGCGAUCCUGGCGCGCUGUCUCGUUCGCUUGUUCACGAGCGAGUCCCUGGAUGCGGAGAUGCGGGGCGUCGAGAAGGAGUUGGAGUUGCAGAUCAGGGAGGAAGGGGAAGGGGAAGGGGAUGGGGAUGGGGGUAGGGGGGGUGGUGGUCUGCAGAUGCAGGAGAAUGAGAAUGAGAAUGAGGAGGGAGCGACGAUGGUGCUGAGGAAGUUGGUGCAGGAGUGGAAGAAGAAGAGGGAUAGGGAGGAGGAGUGGAGUCUGUGAUUUGAUUUGAUGCAUUGGGCUUGGGUAUGUAUAUCUAUAGAGGAGGAAAGUGAGUAAAGAUUCGUCGGAUGCGAAAUAUAUCAAGUGCUGGGUUUGGAUUUAUAUAGAUAGAUAGUUUUCGAGUUCCUUCCUUCCAAGACACGAGAGAGAUAUUGGUUAUCUAUCACUCAUGGAUGGAUGUACAAAAAUAUAAGAUACAGAUACCUACAUAGGUAGUUAGAGAAGGUU